GGUCUAGGGGGGAUAGGAGGGGCCAUGUGGACGUUGGGCGGGGCCCGGGCGAUCCGGGCCUCAGGGUGGACGAGCUUGUUCCGCCUGAAAGCUUUCGUCAUGGUGGGCCCCGUGGUGUACCUGGUGGCAGCGGCUCUGCUUGUCGGCCUUAUCUUUUUCCUGACUCGCAGCAGGGGCCGGGCAACAGCAGCUGGCCAGGAGUCGUUGCACAAUGAGGAGCAGCCUGUAGUAGCAGGCUCAGUGGCCCAGCCUCAGCCCCUGGACCCCGAGGAGCAGAGAGCAGGGGGCAGGCCCCGGCGCCGGAGGGACCUGGGCAGCCGCCUGCAGGCCCAGCGUCGAGCUCAGCGUAUUGCCUGGGCAGAGGUGGAUGAGAAUGAGGAGGAGGCCAUCAUCCCAGCCCAAGAGGAAGAAGGUAUCGAGAAGCCAGUGGAAAGUCACCUGUCAGGGAAAAUUGGAGCCAAGAAACUACGGAAGUUAGAGGAGAAACAGGCGCGAAAAGCCCAGCGUGAGGCAGAGGAGGCUGAACGUGAGGAGCGGAAACGCCUUGAGUCCCAGCGUGAGGCAGAAUGGAAGAAAGAGGAGGAGCGCCUUCGCCUGGAGGAGGAACAAAAGGAGGAGGAAGAGAGGAAGGCCCGGGAGGAGCAGGCCCAGCGGGAACAUGAGGAGUACCUGAAACUGAAGGAGGCCUUCGUGGUGGAGGAGGAAGGUGUGGGUGAGACCAUGACUGAGGAACAGUCCCACAGCUUCCUGACAGAGUUCAUCAACUACAUAAAGCAGUCCAAGGUCGUGCUCUUGGAAGACCUGGCUUCCCAGGUGGGCCUACGGACUCAGGACACCAUAAACCGCAUCCAAGACCUGCUGGCUGAGGGGGCUCUGACAGGUGUGAUUGACGACAGGGGCAAGUUCAUCUACAUAACCCCCGAGGAACUGACUGCUGUGGCUAACUUCAUCCGACAGCGGGGCCGGGUGUCCAUCACCGAACUUGCGCAGGCCAGCAACUCCCUCAUCGCCUGGGGCCAGGAGCCCCCUGUCCAGGCCCCAGCUUGACCUAGCCCUUCCCUUUUGGACUGGGAGCUGGUACAGCCUACCUGGCCAUACGUCUUGGUCCCUCCCCACCAUCCUGGGGGAGAGAUGGAAUGUGGCCAGGCAGUUACAGAUUAAAGACCUGUGAGCACUGCUAAGCUUGGUGUGGCUUGGUAUGACAGAAGGCCUGGCCUGAGAUCCCAGAUGAGCAAGUGAAGCCUAGUCCUCAAAUUAUAUCCAGGGUGGGUGGGGGUGGGAGGAGCCCUGUGGUGAAAGUCCCAUUCUUAUGCAUUCAUUCAUUUAAAAAGAAUAUUGAGCAUUUACUGUGUUCCUUUGUACCCUACAAAGAUGAGUUCUUUCUCUCCCUGCCUCAGAGCAACCUUCCCAGAGCAAAAGUGAGUAACCUUAGGGCCACAUCUCCCCUAACUGGGGAGGAAGGUCUCACUGUUGCUUACAUGGAUGGAUUCAGGAGCCCUACAGAGUACUGAGAGCCCUUAAGGAGAAGAGUGAAGUGCCAAGGAUAGAAUCCUAAGGGACAUCGGCCUUUAAGAGGGAGGGAAGGGCAGUCAGGGAGGGAGAGAGGCUGGGCAGGUGGAAGGAAGCGGGGAACCUACUUGAGCUGGAAGGAAUUGUACAGUGGAGAGAUGUGCUUCCUACAGUCCAUCGCAUGAAUUUAGCUCUGCAUCCUCAACAAAGUUUAAAUGGUGUGGGCGAUUCCACCCACCGGUGGAUGUAAGGACCAUAUGCUCAGGAGUGGGUGUGAGAUGGGAGAUGUGUGUCUCCUGUAGGGUCAGUCACUCUAGUUCCUGUAGGCUGUUCAUGGCGUGUGCAUCCUGCUGUGCUGAGGGUGAGGCAUGUAUUUAAAGGUGUAUUUUUUAUGCAACAUUGCCCCUAAACAUAAACCACCUACUUCCUCUCGUGCCUGGUAGAGGAGGCAGCUUUCUGUUCUCACCCUGAAGGAAACCGUGUGGAUGAUUAUGGGGAGACAGGACAUUAGACUUUAGGGUGGAGCCUUCCUGAGUGUUGUCAAGGAUGAUUUUGACUCAUUUGGUGCCAUAAGCAUUAACUAUAGUACCUAAAUUCCAAGUGAGGUCUGACUCUGCUGCUUCCGUCAGCAGCAGGCACUUGGGAGUCGCCUGGAGUUAGGAAGGGCCACGUGCACUGCCUGGGAGCCCGUAAUCCAGUAGGAGAGAGAAGGAACAGAUAUAGGUACCAUUAGUGUCAGAACGAAAUAUAAAAUUACAAAGGGAAAAGGGGGCUUACAGUCUGAGUGAUGGAUGGUUCUGGGCCCUGGUUGCCCAUUGGAAGCACCUGGGGAGUUGUGAACAGUCUCAUGCCAGAUUGCAUUCUGUCUGGACUAGGGGAAUCAGAAUAAGACCCCACCAGAAAGGGCUUCUUACAGAGCAAGGUCUCUUCCGUCCUUUCCCUCACUUGUCCUUAGCCACUGCCAUCCAGGUGGCAGGAUGACUAGGAGUCUUAGCACCUGCAUUCCACCCUCAGGACACAGUCCACAGGCCAAGAGUGAGGAAAAGGAAAUUCCCUUUCUCACAUCCUGGAAGCUUUCGAAAACCCUUUAUGUCCCACUUAGUGUGGAGGAAAAAAACCUGUGACCCUGUGUGCAUUAUUUAGUGAUCAACCUACUAAUCUAAUAAAUUUAUCAAAUGGGCAGUUCUUGAAAUAGUGAUUAACAUGUUUCUAAAUAUGUAUAAAGCGCUUUCACAAUUAGUACAUGAAAACUUUCAGGUUUAACCACUUGUAAUUUCUCAAGCAUUUAAACAGUUAUUACUUAAAUACUUCUAAGCAUUUAAAUCCCCCAAAUUUAAUACAUGAAAUUAUUUUAAAUGCUUUUACAUCUCAGAAAGUAGACCUGGUGUUAAAACAAUGACAUUACUGAUCUAUGUGUGUGAUACUGAAACUGAUUAUAAACAUUUCAAUAUCAUGAUUUA